AUGACUUUGGAUCACAAUGACGUGUAUUCUACCGCUGAACGCCUGUAUGACGAUCUCUGCAAGCUGCGAACGACCGAGGACAAGAUCGGCGCGCGUAACCGUAUGGAGGAAAUGGUCUACUUUGCGUUGGCCAAGCGCAGCUGCAACCUAUCAAGCCGCGAAGAAUGGGACGUGAUCAAGCGAUGGAAUGACUACGACAAGCAGAUGAUCGAUGCCGGCGUUCGGCGCGAGCACCGUGCCCAGUCCGCCACCAUCUUUGAGCUGGACCUCACCGUUCGGCCCAUCCACGUCGGGCAGUAUAGCGAAGUUAUCUGCGAGGAGAUCAACUUGGCCCAAUCGAUCUGCAACAGCGACUACGCGCCACUUCAGCCGCUCGCCCUUCGAAGGGCCCUCGAGGCCUACGCUCGGACGGUCGCCACUCAGAAUGCUGAAGAGCUAAAGGCGGCGGAGAAAGCGACGUCGAUCGUUUACACAAAAUGGAAAGCCGCAUGGGAUGAUUGCAUGGCCGUCGUGAGGGAGCGGAAGCUGAGUGUCGCUGCCGUCCGGGCCGCCUUUGCAGAUGAUACCCAAGUUGACGAAGCGUCCAUCGAAUGGCCGCUCGUCGACAUCUACCCGAUGGAGGGUAUCUUUACCUACCCGGACAUGUGGAAGGAGGAGGAGGAGGCCGUCCAGAGCCCCGAUGAGUCCGAAGAGGACGUGAUCACCGACACCGAGCACGACGAGAUGGACCACCAGCACGAACCGGACGGGAUUGCGCUGAAGAAGAACACUGCGGAGGGCGAGCAGCCAUACAACUACGACAACCAGCUGGGCCCUCGGGAGGCGACCUCCGAGGACGAGGACCUCGUUCUCGACGGAGCUCAGGAGCCGAACCGGAAACAGGACAGCGACAACGACCUGCUGACGGCCGCGAUCAAGGAUGUGUGGGCGCGACUGGGCCCAUAUACCCAC